UUCCGUUUAUGUGAAUUGCUAUUAAAAUAGAGAUAAUAAAAAAAAAAGAUAAUCAACUCCUCAUAGUUUGACUUGCAUUCAUUCUUAUAGUGAAUCACCUAAACCAUCGAAUUGUAUCCAUCUUCUCACCUCAUACGCUACCCUCAUUCAUGUCCCUUGGGACGACCGAAGCUGGUUUAGGGAAUCAUAAAGAAAAACAUAUUGUCUUACAAUGUUCUUUAACACACUUACCCUUCAAGUAACGUCAUAUGUAAUUCAAUGCGCCAAAAGUGUUAGCAACAUCAAUGAACAUGUAGAACAACUGAGCUAAGUAUGCGUAACGCCAAUAUCUCUAUACUAUGGGUUCGAGAAUAAAAUUAUUUCGCGUGGUUUAUCCUUUCGCUGAUAACCCUAACAGGAAAAAUCUGUCGUAUAACGCUCGAAAUUGCUGUAAUUAAAAACAAACAUUGGGAAAUUAGGGCAAGUCAUUGAUGCUUGUUACAUAAACAACACUUAAUUUUGCGAAUAACUUACGGAAAAUCAUUUUCUUAGGAUGAUCAAAUGGGAGAUGGUUCGGGAGGAUUAACACAGCUAUUUGAACAGAAUAGUCAAGACGAUUUCAACGCAAUUAACGAUGUAAUUGCAUCAAAAGACCUGGCUGAUGCACCAUUUCCUAUUGAUGUUUUACAAGAAGAAGGUGACAAUGAUGAACCUUUAGACUUCCCUAGUCAGGCGUCUUCUCUCCAAGACGUUGAUGACGAAAGCAUACCGGAACGAACAGAAAUUUCGAGUGAAAAUCCGUCGAGACGAAAGAUUCAUUCUUCAUACACAAACUCUUUUCCAUCCCCAUUGGACGAAGAAAUACAGGUCCCCGAUACCAUUGCAAAAAACAGGACACAGAAUAAACUGUUUCAUCAACCAUCAUCAGAAGGUCUGCCCACAACUUCACAAAUCAUCGAAGCUACGCCCACGCGCGUUUCUUCCCUCCACUCGCUUUCUCAGAAUUUCAGGCGAAAAGCAGAUGACAAUGCCAAUACCCACACUACUCCCAUAUCCAAGAAGACGCGAGAAUCGACCUCGGACUUCAGUGUUUCAGUGUCCCUGAACUCGUUAAAGAAGAAUUUGUCCUUUAACAACUCAGUCACAGAAGACCGCUAUGAAAAAGACAACACCCCAUCAGUCCGAAAGUCAACUAUCUUUGAUGAAGACUUACGCGUCUUUGCCUUCUUUAAGGGACAUCCAUCCUACUACUACCCGGCUACGCUAGUGACUGAAUUGGACAAUUCUGCGAAUGCUAAUAAAGUAUACACAGUUAGAUUUGACGAUUCAACUACAGGCACUGUAAAAAUGAACCAAAUGCGCUUGUUGGAGUUCAAGGAAGGAGACACAGUUCGUGUUGCUGGAAGAGGAAACGCGAACUACAAAGUUUUGAAAGUCUCAAGGCAAAUUCCAAAAGAGCAACAAAACGAAUACGUAUCUCUCGACAACAAGGGAAACAAUUUAAUCACAGUCUAUCGUCUAAAAAAGGAAGAAUUGACUGUAUCCGUCGGUCUCAUCUACUUACCACCAUCUCAUAUUAAGCAAUUUGAGGACCGAACAGUUGCAGAGUACGUUUCCUCGAAAGAAAGUAAAGCCACUGAGUUAGAUCCUGCUUUUAUAAACACGACUCCUUUACGUUUCCCGCAACUCCGAGCAAGUACCUCUUUAUGCAUACAAAAGUAUGAAAAUGGCGGAUUCUUUAACGACUGUCUAUUCGUUCUCACAGGAUCAAAUUCAUCAUACAACCGUCUUGAAAUGAAAAACCUAAUAAAACAAUUUGGAGGUACUGUCUUGGAUGAUGGCUUGAGGACACUCUUUGUAAUUAACGAGAAUUGGUCAAAACGUCCUCUCCUUAAAACAGUGUCGAGAACUUGGAUGAAGGCUUACGUUGUUUCGGACACUUAUUCACGAAAAGUUAAAUACCUUGAAGGCCUGGCACUUAACGUCCCGUGCGUUCAUUUUAUGUUUAUUUUUGACUCCAUACGGUUAGCAACAUUAUUGGAUCAUUCUCCGUACAUGUUAGCGGCGGGGUUCUCGCGCCGAUUAAACUGUUGCCUAUCCCAAAAUGUUACCAAUUUUGUUGAAGGUGAAAGUCUUUAUCAACGUAUAAAAGAUAGAAGGCUUCCUUUACAGGACGUUAAGAUACUAUUUUCUGACAAUGUCUUAUCGAAAACGUCCUCUCAGCAAAAACGAGCAAAGAAAAGUGAUGACUUAAUAACCUACAUGUUUCAUGCUUUCUGCCUCGGCGCAACUGUAAGUCAUGUCAGUCUGAGCGACGCCGACGAUCACAACUGGGAUGUAAUUAUAUCUGACUUGAAAAUGGCUAGUUCUGAACCAGGUGAACAGAUCCACGAGUCAAGCUGGAUCACGGAGUGUGUCAUUAGUGGCAGUUUUGUACAUAAUUAUGAUUGGAAACUGGGUCCUUGA